AUGUCAGCAACGGGCUCGACUUUGGUAAAGGCAGCUAACAAAGCUACCGCGGAAGCUCUAUCAAAGCUCAUACCUUCAGAGAUCGACACCAAAGGAAACAAAUACACAUUAGAGGUAAAAUACGCAUCUGGCUUGCUCAAGGAUGAGAAAGAUACUUGCUGGGAAUUUUUCACUGCAAAUAUGCAAGCCCUGCAAGUAAAUUAUGAAGCAUCUCCUACCAUGGGUUGGCAUCCGGACAAGAAGAAAAAGGAGCUCUUUCAUCCUCUCUCUAGAUUUAUCUUGGCCUACAACAACGACUCGGCGCUCGUAGCCUACACGAUGUUUCGCUUCGAGUUUGAGGAAGAUGAAAAUUUAGCCUAUUGCUACGAACUGCAGGUUUCUCCAGACUUCAAGCGACAAGGCCUCGGUCGCGUACUAAUGGAACAAGUGAAAGCUAUAGGCGAGAAAUACGGCAUGGACAAAAUCACGCUUACAGUCUUCAAAGACAACUCUGAAGGUGUACAAUUUUACGAACGCAACGGAUUCGUGACCGACUCAUCAUGUCCUAGUCUUGAUGGUGGUGAUGAAUCUCUAGAAUAUCGUAUCCUCUCGCUCGAGCUGUAG